AACAUAACCUCAAUGUAUACAUAUUUGACAGAUACGUCAAAUAUAUAAGCGAAAAAUAAGUUCUAAAAUAUCAAGAAAUAGUGAAAUAAACGAGAUGGGCGACGAAGAAGAUCCUAAAGAAUAUAGAUGGGAGACGGGAUAUGAGAAAACAUGGGAAGCUAUAAAAGAAGACGACGAUGGUUUUCUUGAAGCCUCAAUCUCAGAUAUUAUCCAAAGAGCCAAAAGAAAACGCCAACAAGGAAAACGGGUAAAUACCAAGUUGGGUAUGAUGAGACAUAUAUUCUUAAUAUUAGAUUGUUCCGAUGCAAUGUCUUGCCAAGAUUUAAAACCAACUAGGUUACUGUGCUCAAUAAAAUUGCUGGAGAAUUUUAUUGAAGAAUUUUUUGAUCAAAAUCCUAUAAGUCAAAUGGGAAUUAUUAUCAUGCAUAAUAAACGAGCGGAGAAAGUAAGUGAUUUAGCUGGGAAUUAUAGAAAACAUAUGAAAGUGGUACAAAACUUGAGUAAGACAUCGUUGGUGGGUGAACCUUCUUUACAAAAUGGGUUAGAAUUGGCUAUAAAAACUUUAAAAUUGUUACCAAGCCAUGCGAGUCGAGAAAUUUUGGUUGUUAUGGGAAGUUUAACCACUUGUGAUCCUACAGAUAUAAAUACAACAAUUAAUGUUUUGAAAACUGAAGGAGUUCGAUGUUCAGUAAUAGGGUUAGCUGCUGAGGUCCACAUUUGUAGACAAUUAGCAAACCAAACAGGGGGAGUUUACAAUGUAAUUUUAGAUGAUUGCCAUUUUAAAGAACUUUUAUUUCAACAAGUUGAUCCUCCUCCAGCAGCGAUGUGUUUAGAAUCAAGUUUAAUUAAAAUGGGAUUUCCACAUCAAAUGUCUGUUGAAGGAACGGAAGAACCAUUAACGAUGUGCAUGUGUCAUGUCGAUUGUAAUGAUGAGGGAAGUAAAUUAACAACCGGGGGAUAUUAUUGUCCACAAUGUUAUAGUAAAUAUUGCGAAUUACCUAUUGAGUGUAGAGCGUGUGGAUUAACUUUGGUUUCUGCACCUCAUUUAGCCAGAUCUUAUCACCAUUUAUUUCCUGCUGCUAAUUAUAAAGAGGUUCCUUUUACAAAUCAGGUUGCAAAUUGUUUUUCUUGUCAGAAGAAUUUUUCUGAUACAGAUUUACAGGUUUAUUUAUGUCCAAAAUGUAACAAAACGUUCUGUUUUGAUUGCGACAUAUUUAUUCACGAUAUUCUCCACAGUUGUCCAGGAUGUUCAACAAACCCAUCGACAUUUCAACUCUUUCACACUGUUUAAAAAUUAACUUUUAAAUUGGAAAAGAAAUUUUUAUUACAAA